UAUCUAGGACACGCACAUAAAGGACAAAUUGAGGUUUUUGUUUUCAUUAUUCGGAAGAAAAAAUUCAAUAUUUUCCGGAUAAAUUGAAAGAAAACAGAAACCGAAUUCUCGAUUCUAUUAUCUACCCAGACGACGGUGGUUGAUUUUUUGGUCUACUCAACUUUGGCAAUAUCAUUGAUAUGGCACCAACAACGCAAACAUCAACGACAUCUACAAAACCAAUCAUUAUUUUUGUUAUUGGUGGUCCUGGUUCAGGAAAAGGUACCAUUUGUGAACGAAUAAAAACAAAAUAUGGUUUCACACAUUUAUCAACCGGUGAUCUAUUACGUGAUGAAGUUGCAUCCGGCUCAUCAUUGGGUAAAGAAUUGAAUACGGUAAUGCAAUCCGGCAAAUUGGUAUCCAAUCAACAGGUAUUGACUCUGUUGAAAUCAGCUAUUGAAAAAAAUCUUUCCAAAUCCAAAGGAUUUCUAAUCGAUGGUUAUCCACGUGAAAUAAAUCAGGCCAUUGAAUUUGAAAAACAAAUUUCACCAUGCACAAUGGUCUUUUAUUUUCAUUGUUCAGAUCAAGUGAUGAUUGAACGAUUAAUAAAUCGUGGUAAAACAAGUGGCCGUGUUGAUGAUAAUGAAGAAACAAUUCGAAAACGUUUGCAAGUAUUUCAUGAAAAUUCUGAUCCAAUCCUGGAAUAUUUGAAAACAAAAUUGGCAAAAAUUGAUUCAAAUAAACCGGUGGAUACAGUAUUUGUUGCCGUUGAAAAUGUUUUGUCCAAAUUAAUUUAAUCUGAUGAUGAUGAUUUCUAUCCAAAAAGCUUCGGUAUUAAAUACUCAAAAAAACAACAACAUACACACGUGUGUGUUUGUUCAUUUAAAUUCAAAGUUAGAUUAAAAUUGUUGUUUUAUG